CCACCGAGUGCACCUCGCGCCGUGCAGGAUCGCGGGAGCAACGCUAUCAGCGUGUUAUUGUUGCCACUGCCUACAUCGUUACCGUCGCGAGGAGCUGGGAACAGACAUGUCGAGGUCUUUCUACGUCGACUCUCUAAUCAUCAAGGACUCUGCAAGACCCGCGCCCCUGAACGAGCAGGCGGGGCAGGACUUCCUCAUCCCCGUUAGCAUGCACACGCCAGGUGUGAUGAGCGUUACAGCGCCCGUGUGUCCGUCCCGGAAAAGUGGCACUUUCUGCGUUUGCCCUCUCUGCGUCACCUCGCACAUCCAUUCGUCCCGCGGGGGCCUCCCGUUGCUUAAGGCACCGGGCUUCCCGACCGGCGACACGCCGUACUGCCAGAGGGUUACACACCAACAAAGCUCCGCACUGUCGCACCCAGUCCACGGACACACGCCUGUCUGCGCGCCCACCUCCUACAGCGUUAGUGACCCUCGAAGAUACCACUGUCUAUCUUUAGGUGCAUCUGAUAACAGCCACAUUCAGAAUGGUAAGCGAAUGCGCACUGCCUUCACCAGCACGCAACUUCUCGAGCUGGAGCGCGAGUUUUCGUCCAACAUGUAUCUGUCGCGCCUGCGCAGGAUUGAAAUAGCCACAUACCUCAGCUUGUCAGAGAAGCAGGUGAAAAUAUGGUUCCAAAACCGGCGGGUCAAACACAAGAAAGAGGGCAAAAGCACGCAGCGGAGCGCGCGCACCGGAUGCAAGUGUUCGGGGAGCCACACGCACUAUCCGCGCUCCGAGGACGAGGACUCGCUGUCACCUGCGUCACCUACAGAAGAAAAAGCGGUUUCUCCCAUUUAACAGCGAAAUAGACAUUAUGACUUCUUUAUCCUUUAAUUGAUCUUAACCGUUCACUCUAACUAGCACUUAGUCUUCCAAGCACGGACCCUCAAACGUUACCGAAUCCAGUAGAUCCAGGAAAAAAGUAUGGCCUUAUCUCUCUCUCUCUCUCUCUCUCUCUCUCUCUCUCUCUCUCUCUCUCUCUCUCUCUCUCUCUCUCUCUCUCUAUCUAUCUCAAUAAUUAUUUUUUACUACAGAAGUGACGUCUGUGCGUUUAUCAUGUAUUUUUCUACUUCAGGCCAGCCCAUAAACGUAUGUGGUGGUCCUGAUAAAUGUUUGUGCAGAAAAUUGUUGCGCACUGUUAAUAUGCAGAAGGGUGACAAGGAUCUGUGUUAACUAGGAAACUGUGAAUUUUCUGGUCACCUGAAUUUUAUGUGCAUAAUAACUGAAAUGUGUAUAUUUGUAUUUAUUUAAAUAAAAAAAACACGACACGUGCGUAA